AUGCCGCCCGCCAGCAAGAGGAGCAACAGCUCGUUGCCGGCUGGCUAUGUCGAGGACAAGUCGAAGGGACCCAUGUUGAGAUUUCAGGACUCUCUCCCUCGCCUACCCGUUCCUACGCUCGAGGAGACUGCUGCUCGCUAUGUCAAGACCCUGCGGCCUCUCCUUUCCGAUUCAGAGUUUGCGAUAAGCAAGAAGGCCGUUGAGGAGUUCAUCAAACCUGGCGGCAUUGGCAGCCGGUUGCAGGAGAAGCUCCUUGCUCGACGAGAGGACCCCAAGCACAGGAACUGGCUCUACGAGUGGUGGAACGAUGCUGCAUACCUGUCCUACAGAGACCCUGUCGUUCCCUACGUCAGCUACUUUUAUUCCCACCGAGACGACCGUCGAAGGAGAAACCCGGCUAAGCGCGCCGCCGCCAUAACCUCCGCCGUGCUCGAAUUCAAAAAAGAAGUGGACGCCGGAAUCCUUGAGCCCGAGUACAUGAAGCGUCUGCCAAUCUGCAUGGACAGCUACCAGUACAUGUUUAACGCCAGUCGUGUUGCCGCCAAGCCUGUCGACCACCCAGUCAAGUUCUCCCACAAAGAUCACAAGCACAUUAUUGCAAUCCGCAAGAACCAAUUUUUCAAGAUUAUGCACGAGGUGAACGGCAAACAGCUCAAUGCAAGCGAACUCGAACAGCAAUUCAACAAGGUCUACGAAUCCGCUCAGCGAGCUCCCGCUCUUGGUGCUCUGACUAGCGAAAACCGUGAUGUGUGGGCUGAUGCUCGCCAAACUUUGCUUGCAGCGCAUCCCAAGAACGCUGCAGCCCUUGAGACUAUCGAAUCUGCGUCGUUCGUCGUGUGCCUCGAUGACGCCUCUCCCGUGACGCUUGAGGAGCGUGCCCACCAAUACUGGCACGGAGAUGGCCAGAAUCGCUGGUUUGACAAGCCUCUUCAAUUCAUUGUCAACGACAACGGCACGUCUGGCUUCAUGGGCGAACACUCCAUGAUGGAUGGCACCCCUACUCAUCGCUUAAACGACUACAUCAAUGAUCUCAUUUUCAACAACAAACUUGACCUCUCCGACCCCGCUAUCCGCUCUAACCUGGCCGAUCCUCAGCCAGUCAAAUUCGAGAUCACCAAGGACGUCCAGACUGAGAUUGACCGUGCAACCAAAGACUUCAACGACGUUAUCGGCCAGCACGAGCUCGCCGUGCAGGCCUACCAGGGCUACGGCAAGGGCUUGAUCAAGAAGUUCAAAUGCUCUCCCGAUGCCUACGUUCAGAUGAUCAUCCAGCUGGCGUACUUCAAGAUGUACGGCAAGAACCGCCCCACGUACGAGUCCGCUGCCACCCGCCGUUUCCAGCAGGGUCGUACCGAGACUUGCCGCACGGUUUCUGAUGCUUCAACCGCCUGGUGCCGGUCCAUGGCCGACGCCGAGUCGACGGACGCGACUCGCACUGACCUGUUCCGCAAGGCUAUCGAUUCGCAUCUCGAAUACAUCAGUGCCGCGUCAGAUGGCAAGGGAGUGGACAGGCACCUGUUCGGUCUGAAGAAACUGUUGGGACCUGGUGAGGAGCUCCCGAGCAUCUACAAGGACCCAGCGUACACAUAUUCCGCCACGUGGUUCCUCUCGACCUCGCAGUUGAGCUCUGAGUUUUUCAACGGAUACGGUUGGAGCCAGGUUAUUGACGACGGAUUCGGUAUUGCGUAUAUGAUCAACGAAAACAGCAUCAACUUCAACAUUGUGUCGAAGGGUCUUGGCAGCCAGAGGAUGAGCUUCUAUCUCAACGAGGCCGCUGGUGAUAUGCGUGAUCUCCUCAUAUCGAGCAUUGAGACACCCAAGGCUAAACUGUGA